AUGGCUGUCGGUCUGACGGCACUGACCCUCGGAAGUGAGAAAAAGAGUGGUCUAAUGGACAGAUCACUUGUGGCCGGUCUAAGACUACACGAGAUACUCACCGCACAGAUUGCACUUCAGUUUCUCAUCAUAAUCCUGCAGACAAUCAUUCUAAUGAUAGUUACGUUUUUGGUGUUUGAAUUGCCAAACAAUGGCAACAAUUUGUAUACACUUUUGAUUAUUUUGCUUCAGGGAAUAUGCGGAAUGCCUAGUGGUGGCUUCUAUAUCUAG